AUGUCCCGCUGGGGCCUGGAGUUCAGGACCCUUAUCUGCAGGAGAGCUGCUGGGCCCCCCUUGGGUCAGCAGGCAACCCUCUAUACGUCUCCUGGCCACCCCCAGGACCCCAGGUCUGAGAGGGUGAUGGCAGUGGAAGCCUGGCGUCUGGAGCAUGGGGCCCCGCGUGUCCCCGCGCAGACCGUGCUCUUCCAGGGCAAGAGGGCCGGCCUGACGUACCGCGUGCCCUCACUGCUGCCCGUGCCCCCAGGGCCCACCCUGCUGGCCUUCGCGGAGCAGCAGCUGAGCCCCGACGACGCCCACGCCCACCGCCUGGUGCAGAGGACCGGCACGCUGGCUGGGGGCCCCGUGCGGUGGGGCGCCGCGCGCGUGCUGGGGGCGGCGGCCCUGGACGAGCACCGCUCCAGGAACCCCUGCCCGGUGCACGUCGUGCGCACGGCGGUCUUCCUCUUCAUCGCCGUGCACGGCCGCGAGGCCGCGCAGAUCGCUGCGGGCGAGAACGCCGCGCGCCUCUGCUGCGUGACCAGCGAGGACGCGGGGCGCAGCUGGGGUGGCGCGCGGGACCUCACAGCGGAGGCAGUGGGCGGCGCCGAGCAGGACUGGGCCACGUUUGCUGUCGGCUCCACCCAUGGCGUCCGGCUGGGCUCGGGCCGCCUGCUGGUGCUGGCCUACACGUACCGCGUGGACUGGCGAGAGUGCUUCGGUGAGAUCUGUGGGACCGACCCCCACUCCUGCCGCACCUGGCACCGCGGGGGCCUCGUGCCCAACCUGCGCUCGGGCGAGGGCCAGUUGGCGGUGGUGGACAGAGGGCCAGCCGGGGGCAUCCUCUACUGCAAUGUGGAGCCCCUGGGCAGCCAUGUGCAGGUGCUCAGUGUAGACGAGGGUGCCUCCUUCCUGCCUGGGGAGCUGGUACUUGCCCUGGCCGAGACCGCCGGGGGCUGCCAGGACAGCAUUGUGGGCUUUCCGGCCCCGCCCUCCAGCAGGCCGGAUGAUGAGGGGUGCUCCAUGGGUACCAGGAACCCCCUCCACCUUCCACACCUCUGCCCUGAGCCCCAGGAACCCCCAGAGAAGGAGGGCGCUGGAGACACCCGAGGGGGCGGGGGGCUGGGUGGGACAGAGGGAUGUGGGGAUGGCCCCAGUGAGCCUGGCCCAGGGUCUGGGCUUGGUGGGAACAGGGGGGCCUGGACCCGAGCUCCUGGUCCCCCCUCGGCCUUGUCUCAGAGCCCCACGUGGCUGCUGUAUUCCCACCCGGUGGGGCGCAGGGCACAGCUCCACAUGGGCAUCCUCCUGAGCCGGUCCUCGGACCCCCACAGCUGCACGGAGCCCUGGGCGAUCCACGAGGGCCCCAGUGGCUACUCUGACCUGGCGUCCAUCAGGCCCACCCCCGAGAGAGCCCUGACCUUCGCCUGUCUGUACGAGAGUGGGACCGGGGUCUCCUACGAGGAGAUCUCCUUCUGCAUGUUCUCCCUGCAGGAGGUCCUGGGGAACGUGAGGGCGGCGCGGCAUCCCAGCCUUGGGGACAAGCCUCCGGGGCGCUGCCGGCCCUCCUGA